CAGCAGAGAUUCAAACGGUGGCGGAAACUGCUGCAGUGGUUGAGACUGUGUGUUGUGUUGAAACAUCCAUCACUAUGGCUGCCGAAGCUGCUUUCAAGACUCCCAGUAAACGAGAAGGAACAAGGAGGAAAUCCGGGCAAAAUCCUUCGUCUACACUAUCUAUUCCAGCCUCUCCCUUCAUGCGAAAACUGGGAUAUGGAACUGGUGUCAAUGUUUAUCUUAUGAAACGGUCUCCCAGAGGGAUCUCUUGCUCUCCCUGGGCUGUGAAAAAAAUAAAUACCAAAUGUAAUUCCAGUCAGCAAAGUAUUUAUCAAAAGAGACUGAAUGAAGAAGCUAGUAUUCUACAAAACCUUCAGCACCCAAACAUUGUGGGGUUUCGUGCAUUUGCUGAAGCCAAGGAUGGAACUAUGUGUCUUGCUAUGGAAUAUGGUGGGGAGAAGUCCUUGAAUGACUUGAUUGAAGAAAGAAAUGAAAAACACAAGAAACCUUUUCCAGCUGCCACCAUUCUCAAAGUUGCAUUGCACAUGGCAAGAGGCUUGAAGUAUCUUCACAAUGAUAAGAAAUUGCUUCAUGGUGACAUAAAAUCUUCUAAUGUUGUCAUUAAAGGUGACUUUGACUCAAUAAAGAUUUGUGAUGUGGGCGUCUCCUUGCCUCUAGAUGAAAAUAUGACCGUGAGUGAUCCAGAAGCUGAGUACAUUGGCACUGAGCCCUGGAAACCCAAAGAAGCUCUUGAAAAAAAUGGUAUUAUCACUGACAAAGCUGACAUAUUUUCAUUUGGGCUGACUUUGUGGGAGAUGAUGACACUUUCCGUACCACACCUGAAUCUGCUUGGAGAUGAUGACGAUGAUGCUUCUUUCGAUGAAGCUGACUUUGAUGAUGAUGCCUACUAUGCAGUGCUUGGAACUCGGCCACCACUCAAUAUGGAAGAGCUGGACCCUUCAUAUCAAAGAGCCGUUGAGCUUUUCUCCUUGUGUACUAUGGAAGAUCCAAGAAACCGUCCUGCAGCAGCACAAAUUUUGGAUGUUUUGGAGUCGGAAAAGUUCAUACCUUAGCCAACUCACAUUGACUUUUACACCAUAUGGCAACUUCUCUGUUCUCUUCCAGAAUUUUUAGUUAGGGAUAUUACGUGAGAAUAUUCAAUGCUUAGUUUCUAGUUCAAAUGUAUUUAAGUGGCCAUUUUAAACUGUUUAAAACUGCCAGACUAUUUUUUUUAGGUCAGAUAAAUUAUUUCAAACAGUACCUUUAGUGUUUCUUGUUGAUAAAGCUGAUGUGAGAACAUGUAGAUGAGGAUGACUAUUUCAGUAUUAAUAUAAAUGAUUUGGUUGGAAGUGACCAAGUCCUCCAACUUCUGUUGUGUUCUAGGUAAGUUGCAUCAACCGAAUGUUACUCAGACCUAGUAUUCAUAACAUGAGAAUUUGCAGUUCAUUCAGGGAAUGGCUACACAUGAUGUAAAGGUCAAAGGGUUUUUUCCUCCCAAAAAUGUUCAACAAUAAGCGUUUUGAGCGAUGUUGCGUAUUGUCCAAAGUCGCUGAAAACUUUAAGUGAUCCCAACCAUUUGCAGUAUUUUUGGUCUGUUGAGUGCCUAAUCUACAUUUUCUCAUGGCAUUUCAGGGGCUACAAUCCAAUUAUUUGGAUUGCUUGGAUUGCAUUCAGAUUCACUGGCACAGCAGAACAAAAUUUGGAAUGCUUUGGUUAAUCUAGGUCUCAAACAAAAUUCAGAAGAAUCAGGAGUGAUUUCACAGGGCAAGUAAGAUAGUGCUGGUAUCCUGCUCCUAACAAUAUACUCCUAGUGCCUUUCAUUCCCUUUCUCCUGAUUUUUCCUAGCUGCCAAUGCCCUUAUUUUUUCUUUUUACCUCCCACAUCAGGUCACUUACGCCUGGAACAGUGUUUUGGUCUGUAUCCAGAACCAAACUUCAUUUCAUUCUAUAUAUGAACCAAAGCACCUAGGACACAUUUUUGUUCAUGUGCAAGCCACACGAUACCGUAAUACAUUGUUGAGUCAUUCCUUAUAUAAAUCCAAAUUGUGUGAAGGGCAAAACCACUUUAUUGGAAUUACUGAGAAAUUAAGGUAGAAAUAAAUUCGUGGACGAGUGGAAGGCAUUGCCUUUUGCAGUAACAGCAGAGAUUCAGAAAUGUUUAUAUCUGAAAUGUAACUUUGCAAGAACAUUUGCUAUAUACUGGA